CUCCCCCUACCCAUCACUAUACCCUCCAUCCACAUCGUGGGUGCUCACCUUCGUCACUCCUCAUCAUCGACACCCCCAUAACUAAAUGAUGCCCCUAGCGAGGGUCCUCCUCGUGUGGUUUCCCCAAGCCUUCAAUUGAUCGCGUCUACUGCAUGCCGAUCCUCUCCCUCUCUUGCGCUCGUUACAUGCAAUUCGCCUGGUGCCCACUAUGGCGAACCCCUACCACCCGCCCCAAGCCUCCAUGACCAGCUUCCUACAAAACUCCUUGCAGCAUCCCCAGGAUCCCGUCCCGCUAUCCGCCUUCUCCAUCCUUGACCCCGGUCAGUUCCCCGAGAGCGUCGCCUUCUGGCAUGACCCCACCCAACCACCCCACGGCCUUCCCGCCACCUCCCCCUCCUAUCCGCCCACCUCGAAGCCGCUCCUGCAGCCCAUCUCCGACCAGAAGAAGCACCGUCGCACCCGCAGCGGCUGCUUCACCUGUCGCUCCCGCCGCAUCAAAUGUGACGAGACCCGCCCCGUCUGCGAUCGAUGUCGCAAGGGCAACCGCGAUUGUGUCUACCCCUCUCCCUCCGCCCCGGGCUCCGGGCCGAAGCCGGGUUCGCGUCCGACCGCCAAAGCCCGCGGCACGCGUCCGCAGUCGCGUAGCAGUGACUCGCCCAGUCAGGCCGGUUCGGAGGACUUUCACGUGUUGGAACCUAUUGCGGAUGAUGGGGAGGAGGAAGAAGAGAGUGUCGGGUCCCAUCUCUCCCCGUCCGGGGCGUCCAGUUCGAUGAAGUCCCUACCGGGAGGCGUCCCCCGAAAGCAUAGUGUCCAGUCGCUCCGCCAGCAUGGCGCCAAGCAGCCCUCCGUCGCCACGUCCGAGACUUCCAUGUCGCACCUCGACACCAGCAGUUCUCCCUCCACCGAAGCCUCCUCGCGAUAUGAGUCCAUGAGCGCACGGUCCGCCAGCGUCGGUUUAUCCACCGAGCCCCUCAGUUUCGACCAUCUCCCGGAGGAUCUCCAGUUCUAUCUCAAUUACCACCGCGAGUUCUUAACCUUCCACCACUACUUCAUGAAGUCGCGCGGGGAUCCGUUCAUCCAUCGGACCCUCCUCGAGUUUGCGCUCCAGUACGAGCCGCUCCUCUACGCCGUCGUCGGGUUUGUCGCCUAUCACCACUGCGUCCAGCUCGGCACCGGGAAACUUUUCUCGUUCCUCAAAUACUACAAUAUGGCCUUGAAACUGUUACGGCGAUCGUUGGCCUCGACCAAAACCCACGGUGAAGCGACGCUCAUGACGGUGUUGGUGCUCACCAACUUUGAGGAAUGCGUCGGGGACUGGGUCAAUCUGAUCGAUCACCACCAAGCGGCCCAUGCGUUAGUCCAGGAGGUAUUGACGUUAGAUUCCAUCACAACGAAUCCCCUCCAUGGUCAUAUCUUCCUGUGGUAUAGCCGGUUCGAUCUGAUCGCGGGCAUCUUGGCGGGCAACGAGGUAGUCUUGGGUCGGGAGUGGUAUGUCGCCAAAGAAGACCACGACGCCUUUGUCGCCGCCCGCUCGCCGGACGACCCCGACAAACAGCUGGCCCUGGUCGAAUCAAUCACACGCCGAUUUGGACUCGAAAUGGCCUCGUUAUUCGCCAAGUUACGGCGGAACUUGAUCCAGCUCGACGAGUUCAACCGACAGAGCAAGUAUCUCGAACAGAUGCUGGACCGGAUACACGGGAUUUUGGAACUACUCCGCGCGCCGGAGUGGACCGUCCAGGAGUAUCCGCACCGGGUCCCCUUGACCGACGAUGACGUGGUGGAUCCUUACGUUCCGGGGGGCUUGCUUUACGGGCCGUACUGGGAUGUCAAUUACGCCUGGAUCGAGUAUCAUUCCGUGAAAGCCAUGUUCAAGUAUCAGCUCUCGUCCCUGACGCAUUCGCCCGUGGAAGAACUGAAAGUGAUCGAGGUGGAGGUGUGUCGACUGAUCGAGUCGAUCCACCGAUGGCCGGACAAAGAGAAUGGGUACAUGUACGCCUUUAAGAACUGCUUCGGUCUGAGCGCCAUGCUUCUCCACGACAACCCCAAAUAUGUUGCGUGGAGCUGCCACAAACUCGCCCUAUUGGAACAAAACGGAUAUAUGAUUCCGCCCAAGUUACGAUCAGGGCUCGCGGUGCUUUUUCAGAUGCCGGAGAUCAACCAUUGGUGGCUUCCGAAUGAUGAAGGCUAUCCACCGAUCAUCCGGGAAAUACGUGCGAUGACCGAGGAGCGAACGAACAACCCUCGGGAUCACUUCCGGGAGAGCGUCCGCGAUCUGAAGACGUUAUUCUACAAGAUCAACAUCGACGAUACCGAAAGCGAAGGCAGUCCCGCUUCCAUGGGGGAUAAUCUAUAACAGUCUUUGUGCCUAGACUUCGCAGUUUGUCUGGAAGAUCUAUGUCCGAACGAUACCCACCAACCGUAUACCACUACCCAUAUAACGCCUCGUCACCUCUCCCACCAUCUCCGCGGCGACUCUCCACAGCGAGUGACCGGCUUUGAACCCCUGAACUCCCCCCUCACCAUAAAUUCCCAUAUUUAAUACCGCAUAUACCCCUGGCUUACCCAUUAACGAUCUACGAACUAUAUACUGUUGCUGUGCUGUGACUUGUGAUUGUGUCUGUGAACCUUAGAGUUGGAUUAGAGGAGUGAACGAUUGACGAUUGGCGGGAGGCUUUCU